UGCAGCCGCGCAACCAAUAUAAUAUUAUACACAUAGUUGCCUUCACUAUUCAUGGAUCACAGUGAAUGGAGUUUUAUAAAAAAUAUCUUCAUGUAUUUUAUGCAUUAAUUAUUAUAAUAAUAUAAAAAAAAUUCGAGUUCAAAGUUUUCUCUUUACUUUGAAUAAGUCAAUAUUUGUUAAACUCAGUUAUGAAUCCUUUGACGAAUGUUAAAAAUGUAACGAAACUAAGUGCUCAGGAAUUAAAUACAAAUACAAAAACAUCCUGGCAUGAUGACUAUAACGACAGUGCAUGGAUAUUUAUAGGAGGACUACCUUUUGAACUGACUGAAGGCGACGUGAUUACUAUCUUUUCGCAGUAUGGAGAACCUGUCAAUCUAAACUUAAUCAGAGACAAAGAAACAGGUAGAUCUAAAGGUUAUGGUUUUCUCUGUUAUGAAGACCAACUCAGUACAAUUGUUGCAGUUGACAACCUGAAUGGAAUAAAGAUUCUAGGAAGGACAAUCAGGGUGGAUCAUGCUAAAAAUUAUACCCCUCCAACAAUAACGAAAAAAACCGAUGAAGAAAGAAAAAAAUUAAUAAAGGAAGGAUGUGGGCCAAAAUUUAAUUAAGUUUGCUUAGAAUUACUUAAAAUUUAUGUUACUUUCUCUACAAUAAAAAAUGAAUUUAUUUUUGUUAUAACAUGAUGGUAUUUUAUUACUUAAAAAUAUAUAA